AUGGAGAUCAACAUCGUGGACAAGUACGAAAAGCUGGAGAAGGUCGGGGAGGGGACGUACGGCAAGGUGUACAAGGCGCAGGACAAGGCGACGGGGCAGCUGGUGGCGCUGAAGAAGACCCGCCUCGAGAUGGACGAGGAAGGGAUCCCGCCCACCGCGCUCCGCGAGAUCUCCCUCCUCAACCUCCUCUCCCACUCCAUCUACGUCGUCCGCCUCCUCGCCGUCGAGCAGGCCGCCAAGAACGGCAAGCCCGUCCUCUACCUCGUCUUCGAGUUCCUCGACACCGACCUCAAGAAGUACCUCGAUGUCUACCGCAGGGGCCCCGCCGCCAGGCCGCUCCCCGCCACACUCAUCAAGAAUUUCCUGUAUCAGUUAUGCAAAGGAGUUGCACACUGCCAUGGCCAUGGUGUCCUUCACCGGGAUUUAAAACCACAAAACCUGCUGGUGGACAAGGAGAAGGGGAUACUGAAGAUUGCUGAUCUUGGUCUUGGUAGAGCUUUCACUGUGCCUAUGAAAAGCUACACCCAUGAGAUUGUGACACUUUGGUAUAGAGCUCCUGAAGUUUUGCUUGGAGCAACACAUUACUCAACUGGCGUUGAUAUGUGGUCUGUUGGAUGCAUCUUUGCUGAAAUGGCCCGACGGCAGGCCCUCUUUCCUGGUGACUCUGAGUUGCAACAGUUGCUUCACAUCUUCAGGUUGCUGGGAACACCUACUGAGGAGCAGUGGCCUGGAGUGAGUGAUUUGAGGGAUUGGCACGAGUUUCCACAGUGGAAGCCCCAGAGUUUGGCACGUGUCGUCCCAACACUGGAACCUGAAGGCGUUGACCUGCUAUCAAAAAUGCUUCAGCUUGAUCCUUCAAACAGGAUAUCAGCUAUAGCUGCGAUGGAGCAUCCAUACUUUGACAGCCUUGACAAGUCCCAGUUCUAG